CAAAAAUGUUUCCGUGGUUUCCUCCCUGUCCAGAUAAUUCCUAUCCAUCAGCUAGCAGGGACAGUGCUGUCAUGCGUUACAAGGCCAAGAGGAAUAAUAGGAGGUUUGAGAAGAAAAUCAGGUACGCCUCUCGCAAGGCCAGUGCUGAUGUAAGAAAGUGUGUGAAGGGCCGGUUUGUUAAGGCAGGCGAUGCUUAUGACUAUGACCCAUUGUGCCAAACCAGAAGCUACUGAGAGUAAAGUUUUAAACUAUACUUACAAGGAAAGAAAAAAGGCUGGUUUAAGAUCGACUUUGGAAAAUUCCAAAUUGAACCCUUGUUUCACGGCAGUGCAGGGUUUGUCAUCUGUAAAGUCAUUUUAAAAAAUGGGAAAAAAGCAUCAAGGGGGAAAGGAAUGGCUGA